AUGGCGGAAUAUGGCAUCAGAUUUUCAAAAGGAUUUUCCGCGCAUGAGGCGAUUGCUAUGAUCGAGGAAGACGAUUUUCCUCAUGCUUCAGCCGAUAUAAUUCUGUUUCCACCGAACGAUGGAUGGGACACGGAUGAGGAUUCAGGCGAAGAGGAUGCAGUAUCUCCUGAUAACUUACCAUCAGCACAACUGAGAGCCCCAGCUGAGAUUCAGGUACCUGUUGAAGACGACGACUCUGAUGACGAUAAUAUACCUUUAGCCAGAUUAGUUACGCAAUCAAAACAAGUAUCAAAAGUUUCAAAAACCUACAACUGGACAGAUGGUCACAUUUCAUACGAAUCGGGAAUAUUUGAAUCAACUAAUGACACCGAGUACCAAGAAUAUCAAGAAGAAGAUCCUUACUCGAUUUUUUCCAAAUUGUUUGACGAAAACAUUUUUGAUAUUUUAAUAGAAGAAACAAAUAGAUAUGCAUUAUCCAAAAAUACAAAUAGUAGGCCUGUUACUGUAAGAGAAAUGAAAAGCUUUGUAGGUAUUCUUGUUUUGAGUGGAUACGUUCUUUAUCCGAGACGAAAAAUGUUUUGGGAGGAAGAUAAGGAUGUUCACAAUCCUCUUGUGUCAGAUGCACUAUCUAGGGAUCGAUUUGAUUAUAUUAUGCCAGUUUUCCAUAUUGCCGACAAUAAUAAUUUAACUCCAAAUGACAAAUCUGCUAAAAUACGACCACUAUUCACAUUACUAAACCAAAACUUUUUGAAACAUGCUCCGCACAUUGAAUAUCAUAGCGUUGAUGAGGCUAUGGUACCCUAUUUUGGGCGGCAUGGUGCCAAGCAAUUUAUAAAGGGAAAACCUAUUCGAUGGGGUUACAAACUAUGGGUAGGCUGCUGCCAAAAUGGAUAUAUAAAUUGGUUUGAGCCUUAUCAAGGAGUAUCAACGCAUAUUACAUCGAAAUACAAAGAUAUAGGAGUUGGUCCAGGAGUUGUACUUACUUAUAUGGAUAGACUUCAAAGUCGUUGGCCUGAAA